UAGGGCUGCAGGGUUCUGGUUGAUGCACGGGACAAGCUGGGGAUCCCUUGGCAGUACACCGAGAAUGAGAAGCACGGAAUGUUUUUGAUGGCUUUUGAAAACAAAGCUGGAAUGCCCAUAGAGCCUGCCACCUUCCAGCUGUACGUACCUGCACUGGGCGCGCUCUGGAGGGAUUCGGGGAUCAAGGAAGCCUUCAGCCGGCGGAGCGAGUAUCAACUGGGUGAAUCGGUGAAAUACUUCCUGGAUAACCUGGAUCGGAUCGGUCAGCUGAAUUAUUUCCCCAGCAAACAAGAUAUUUUGUUGGCUAGAAAAGCCACCAAGGGGAUAGUAGAGCAUGAUUUCAUCAUUAAAAAAAUACCUUUCAAGAUGGUGGAUGUAGGUGGACAGAGAUCUCAGCGUCAAAAGUGGUUCCAGUGCUUUGAUGGAAUAACUUCAAUUUUGUUUAUGGUCUCCUCCAGUGAGUACGAUCAGGUUCUCAUGGAAGACAGGCGCACAAAUAGACUUGUGGAGUCCAUGAAUAUCUUUGAGACAAUAGUCAAUAACAAGCUUUUCUUUAAUGUUUCUAUUAUCCUGUUCCUCAACAAGAUGGAUCUUCUUGUGGAGAAGGUAAAGACUGUGAGCAUUAAGAAGUAUUUCUCGGACUUCAAAGGCGACCCUCACAGGCUAGAAGACGUUCAACGUUAUCUGGUGACUGCCAUAGACACUGAAAACAUCCGCUUUGUAUUUCAUGCCGUGAAGGACACAAUCCUUCAAGAGAAUCUGAAGGAUAUUAUGUUGCAGUGAAGGAGAGCAGCCGAUGUUCUGUUAAAAUUUGCCGGAGGGUUCGAUCAAAGUUUUUAUCCUUUCUUUAUGGCCCUUGCAUGUGGUGUGGGACCCAUGCUAAUUACUUGGCUCAGGAAUGCUGUAACUAGCCAGUCCAAACAGAGGAGCUAUAGGCCGAAGGAGUCAAACGUUGAUGUUAGCUACUGAAUCAUUUGGAUUAGAAACACUACUGAAAUAUGGGCGUUGUAGGUUCUGUACCUAGUUUGGAAUGCUGAAUAAUAACACAACCACCUUCUGCCUUCUUACAAAAAAGAAAUCUCUGAAAAACCAUGUGUGGAAGACGCAUUGUUUUAAAUGAAUAUGCUCAUUUUUCAGAGACACUUGUCGUACAAACUGCCUUUUCUUGUAGUUUGGAGGUGCUGAAUCGAUCAAACUAAUCGAAAUGUAGUGAGAUUGGCAGCUGUAUU